GACUCAAAAUGAAAUCACGUUGAGUAGCCUUUUACUCCUAGAGAAAUUUUGUAGCUAUAGAGAGGAAGCCAAAGAGACCUUGAUUAUCUUUAUUAUAAUAAUAAUGGACCAGGCGACCACGUUCAACAAAUAUGCCUUUGCUUGUGCUGCAGUUGCUUCAAUGGUAUCCAUCAUAUCUGGCUAUGACACGGGUGUUAUGAGUGGAGCAAUGAUAUUCAUCAAGGAUGACAUUGGAAUCAGUGACACCCAACAAGAGGUUCUAGCAGGAAUCUUGAACCUAUGUGCAUUGGGGGGGUCCUUAGCUGCGGGAAGAACCUCCGAUUAUAUUGGUCGUCGCUACACAAUCUUGUUGGCCUCACUCCUCUUCAUGGUGGGUGCAAUUCUCAUGGGGUAUGGUCCAAACUAUGCAAUUCUAAUGCUUGGAAGAUGCAUUGGUGGUGUUGGUGUAGGCUUUGCUCUCAUGAUAGCACCAGUUUACUCAGCAGAGAUUUCUUCUGCAUCAUCAAGGGGUUUUCUAACCUCGUUACCCGAGCUUUGCAUCGGCAUUGGGAUCUUACUUGGGUACAUAUCAAACUACUUUUUGGGGAAAUUGACUUUGAGGCUGGGAUGGAGAUUAAUGCUUGGGGUAGCAGCUUUUCCCUCGCUGGCUUUGGCCUUGGGGAUUCUGGGGAUGCCAGAGUCCCCAAGGUGGUUGGCAAUGCAAGGUCGCCUAGGGGAUGCAAAGAAAGUGUUAUUGCGAGUUUCCAACACGGAACACGAGGCCAAGCUUCGGUUCAGAGAAAUAAAAGUUGCAAUGAGGAUUAAUGAUUGUGAUGGUGAUGACAACAAUGUGAAACCUUCUUACAAGUCACAAGGGGAAGGGGUGUGGAAAGAAUUGUUGGUGAGGCCCACACCGGAAGUGCGUUGGAUGCUAAUUGCGGCAGUGGGGAUUCACUUCUUUGAGCAUGCAACUGGCAUUGAGGCUGUGAUGUUGUAUAGUCCCAGAAUCUUCAAGAAAGCUGGUGUCACAAGCAAGGACAAGCUUCUUCUUGCAACGGUUGGUAUUGGCCUCACAAAGAUCAUUUUCUUGGUCAUGGCUUUGUUUUUGCUUGACAAAGUUGGUAGAAGGCGUCUUUUACAAAUCAGCACUGGGGGAAUGGUUUGUGGGCUCACACUUUUGGGGUUUAGUUUGACAAUGGUGGAUCGUUCUAGUGAAAAGCUCUUGUGGGCUUUGAGCCUUAGUAUUGUGGCCAUUUAUGCUUAUGUUGCUUUCUUUAAUGUUGGGCUUGGGCCUGUUACUUGGGUUUAUGCGUCGGAGAUUUUUCCUUUGAAGUUGAGGGCGCAAGGGGCUAGUAUAGGAGUUGCGGUGAAUAGAACCAUGAAUGCUGUGGUUUCCAUGAGUUUUAUUUCGGUCUACAAAGCGAUCACUAUAGGUGGGAGCUUUUUCAUGUUUGCUGGGAUAUCUAUAGUGGCUUGGGUGUUCUUCUACUUUUUCCUUCCUGAAACCAAAGGUGUGCCCUUGGAAGAGAUGGAGAUGGUUUUCAGCAAAAAAUACAGUGGGAAAAAUGUAGCGAUAGAAACUGGUCCAAAAAAAGAUAAUCAAAAUUUUACUUCCAAACCCAACCAAAUCAAAGAAAUGAAGGAUAAGGAGACAUUCCCUAUUGCGAAAAAGGAAGCCUCUGAUUCAGGUUUAUUCGGAAGAGGAAGCUACAAAUUCUGGGCACUAGCUGCCAUGCUGCUCUUGGCAUUCUGGUCCAUGUUCACCGGCACAGUCUCUCUCCGCUGGUCCGGCACCCUCAACACUUUCUCCCACGCGUCCCUUCACGACCACCUCGACGUCCUCGAAAUCGAGGAGCGGGAGAAGCUGGUGAGGCACAUGUGGGACGUGUACACGAAUAACCGUAGGAUCAGGUUGCCGCGGUUCUGGGAAAAGGCCUUCGAGGCUGCCUACGAGGAUUUGACCAGCGACGCCGCCGAUGUUAGAGACGUUGCCGUCGCCGAGAUCGUUAACAUGUCUCUGCGCUCCUUGGAUCUCCAAUUGCCUCCUAGAGCACGGAAACUUAGUAAGAAUCUCAAGGAAGUUGAGAAAGGCAAAGGAGCAACCUCCGAACGUGCUUAGAGAUUAGAAUGUGGAGCAACCAAAAGGUCUGAUUUACUUCAAAAGGAAAAGGGUCAUGUUACCAAAAGUUGAGAAAGGCGAAGUCAUACUCGGAUUUUCAUGCCUUCAUAAAUUGGGAAAUUAUGUAUUUUAUUUUAGUAGGUUGUGAUUCUUUCAAAUUUUGCAGUCAAUUUCAUAAUCAUCACAAUGUGAGUGCUAGUAAAUUAGAGCUUGAAAGAUAGGGGUGGGUAAACGGAUUCAGGUCCAUGGACUGAUCCACGGGGCCUGUAGUCCGCGCGGGUAACGGACCAAUUUUUUUAAACGGUCCAUGGUUAUGUCAUAUUUUUGGGCCGUCCGCUCAACUUGUGAACUAUGCGGGUUUGGCUCGUGGGUUGUCCGCAUUUGAAUUUUAUUACUUCAAAUAUGAAAUCAUUUGUUGUUGAAGAUGUUUAAGUUUCAUAUUUUAGAUUUAUUGCUUGGA